AUGGACACUGCCGGCGUCCGCGACGCUCUCAAGCAGAUGUCCGGGCACCUGAGUGACCUAGACCAGACUCUUCAACCACUACUAACCACCGCAUUAUCAGACACGAUCAAGAAGCUGCCUCUUCUCGAUCGUGCCAAACUCUACGUCGCAAUCUGCUCCAUCAUCGAGACUCUUCUCUACUCAUACCUGCUCCUUCAUGGCGUCAAGGCCAGAGAACAUGCAGUCUUCAAAGAACUGCUACGAGUCAAGCAGUACUUCGAGAAGAUCAAGGCCGCCGAGGCAGGCUCAACGCCAGAACGCAAAGAUCUCACACUCAACAAGCAGGCUGCUGGGCGCAUGGUCAAGCAUGCUCUGGCUGGCAAUAAAAAGUUCGACGUGGAGCUGGCUGCUCGCAAAGAGGCAGAGUUGGCCAAUGCGAGGAAGAUGCUGCAAGACAUGGAAGAUCGAAAAAAGCUACAAGAAGAGCGCAAGCUGAAGCGGAUGUCUGGCGGCGACGGCAACGGCACACCAACGGCACCUCAGCUCAACGGGUCGUCCGAGAUCGACCACCCCAUGCCUGACGCUGCCAUUGCUACUACGAAUCUUGAAGAAGGCGAAAUCGAAGGUGACGAUGACGCUGUCGACGUUACUGAUCCCCAAACCCCCCAGUCCAUCGCUACCUCAGAAUUGACUGAUAGCUCAAAGACUCUCAAGCCAAAAAUCAAGCACAAGAAGCGGGCGCGCACACGCGAGAAGCCCCAGGAGUUGUCCGCCAAGAAGAAGCGCAAAUACGACAACACCAAGGAGUUGACCAUCACUUCAUAG